CGUUCUCUGCGCCUCUAGUCAGUCCAUCGGCAAAAUCACCGGUACGCAGAGCCGCCGCCGCCAUCUCCUCCUUUCUUCUUCAUCUUCUUCUUUCUUUCUUUUCUUUCUUUCCCUUUCUUCUUUUCUGUGACUGCAUCUGCGUCGCAUCCCAGCAGCUCCAGCAGAAACGCGAGCCACCACCACGAGCUCAGCCACGUUGCGCCACCUCGCAGCUGCUCCACGCUGCAGUAGCCCGCCAUCGCCGACGCCUCUCUCCAUUCAAGCCAAGCAGGGACAGAAGGUUGCUCCUCCGAUCUGUCCAGUGAGCGUCGAUCCAGCAAGUCUCCGGCCACCAGGAACGAUUCGCCAAGCUCCAUCGGGCAGCCAGCCGUUCCUCCGCCAGAUCGCGCCACCGCUGCAACUCAGUCCGUUUUUGCGUCGGUUUUAGGUGGUCCAGCUGCUCUGAUCCGACUCCGGCCACCCAUUUACAGUCCCAGUGCGUGUAGCUUCGAUCCGGCACGCGUAGUUUUCGUCACCGAUCAAAUAAACUCCGGCAAGAAUACAAUUGGAUUGCCCGGGUCCGUCUAGUGCUCCUCCCAGACAGAAUCAAAGUUAGAGCUUCGUUCUCCACCACAGAUGGGCCAUGUGAGAGUACGGCUCAUCGGAUUUUGGUGACUCCACUGACUAAUUUCCACGUGAUGUGAUUAUCUGAAGGUACUAAGAAGUAGUUGGUUCGACUGAAGCUCUGCAAUCUUCUCCGCAGAGUUACAAAUCUAGACGAGCAAAAACACAAACAGAUGGGGAGCAGACUGGGAAGAAGAGUGGUUAAUUUUGCAAACCUUCCGAUCAAGCUCCUCAUGCCCACUACUUUCACCAACAUCAGAGAAAUUGCCUUAAAAACCAUUCCUUCAGCCUCCAAGAUUGAAAUCAAGCGAGUCCUUGAAUCCCUAUAUGGCUUCGAGGUCGACAAGGUCCGUACUCUUAACAUGGAAGGGAAGAAGAAGAAGCGCGGUGGAAUACUACUAGCGAAACCUGACUACAAAAAGGCCUAUGUUACUUUGAGAAACCCGCUUUCUGUAUCUCCUGAUCUUUAUCCACUAAGGAUUAUUGAGGAGGAGAAGGAGAGAAUGAACAAGCAGAGGAGGUCUAGUAUUGUGGAAGAUGGUGAAGGGAAAAAGCAUUGGCUGGACGGAAAGAAGGAAGAGAGAGUUGGGAGUGAGAAAGGAAGAAGGAGAGAUCGUGGUGGCGUUGGUGACUUUACCGUGGAGAACGCCAAGUUUCCAUGGAGCAGCAUGAGGAGUGCUAGUAGGUAGUUUGAUUUUAUUUUUUAGGGGUUUUGAUGAGCUUGACGAACCUUUUUGAUUGGUACUGUUUGGAUGCUAUACAAUAUGAAUAAGUACUGUGCUUUUAUAUGGUUUACAAGUGAAGAAUUUGAUAUCAGCAUUUACUCUUUUUCCUCUCUGUA